ACCCGUAUGUACUCGCAGCUCUCUGGAACCAUGUCGGGAAGGAGAGAGCCGCGCGGAGGAGCUGAGUCUGACAUCUCAUCACCUGAGACAUAAAGCAGCACGCGGAGACAGCGCUGCCACGUUCGGUGCAAGUGAACAGCGGCCGCUGCGGCGACGUGACCCUUUUACUGAAGCGGAGCCAAGUGGAGGUCGAAUGGACGGAUAAAACCAAUUUGGUCGUGAUCCGAAGACUUAGCCUCGCAGGCAGGUGGCCGAGCCGGUUAAAGAGGCGGCGGGGGCAGCGUGUCCGGACUCAAAGCAAAACGGGGCUUCUUCUCGCCAGGGAAUGUUAUCUGUACUGUCUUAUGGCAGACUGGUAGCCAGGGCUGUCCUGGGCGGACUCUCUCAGACGGACGGUCGGGACUACAGCCUGAUCACCGCCAGUUAUGGCUUUGGCAAAGACUUUCGUAAGGGGAUCCUAAAGAAAGGGAUGUGCUACGGGGAUGAUGCCUGCUUCAUAGCGCGGCACAGGUCCGCCGAUGUGUUGGGUGUUGCAGAUGGUGUAGGCGGUUGGCGAGACUACGGCGUUGAUCCCUCGCAGUUCUCCGCCACGUUAAUGAGGACGUGUGAGCGGCUGGUGAAAGAAGGACGCUUCACUCCCACUAAUCCAGUGGGCAUCCUUACGUCUGGCUACUACGAGCUAUUACAGAACAAAGUUCCCCUGCUGGGGAGCAGCACGGCCUGCAUCGUGGUUCUGGACCGACGGAGUCACCGGUUACACACAUGUAACCUCGGCGACUCGGGCUUCCUGGUCGUGCGAGGGGGAGAGGUGGUCCAUCGGUCGGACGAGCAGCAGCACUAUUUCAAUACGCCCUUCCAGCUGUCCAUAGCUCCCCCUGGAGCCGAGGGCGUGGUGCUCAGCGACAGUCCCGAAGCAGCUGACAGCUCCUCUUUCGACGUGCAGCUCGGUGACAUAAUCUUGACAGCGACAGACGGUCUCUUUGACAAUAUGCCAGACUACAUGAUCCUUCAGGAGCUGAAGAAACUCAAGACAACCAACUACGACAGCAUCCUGCAGACUGCACAGAGCAUUGCAAAGCAAGCUCAUGAUCUCGCCUACGACCCCAACUAUAUGUCCCCUUUUGCACAGUUUGCCUGUGACAACGGCCUGAAUGUACGAGGAGGGAAGCCAGACGAUAUCACGGUGCUGCUGUCCAUCGUGGCUGAAUAUACAGACUGAAAGCGUGUUUGUUAUGUGUAUGAGAGCACUUUUUCUCCGGGCUGAUCCUUCCUUCUGCCUGAGUCUUCCACCUUGCUGCCCUCCCUCCCUACAUGCACUGCGUCCCGGGGACUGACAAGGGGGAAGCGCGCUACCGCUACACACACACCCACACUCCUCACGUCGCUGCCGACAUCCACCACCCGCGUGGCAUUUUGGUUUCUCCCGCUGUUUUUUGUUCCGGUGCUGGAAGGGGUCGAGGGGCGACGGGCGGCUGGGGGGGGGGGGGGCGCUUCCGCUUCGAUCAGGAUGCAGGAGAGGAGCUGAGAGAGGCGGGGCGGACAGAUGCCGUCGCAUGGCGUCUUUGGUAAAGAGGCAGAUUUUAAGUCAACCAAGGGCUUUGAUAUCUAACAGCCUUUGUGUUAAAAAGAGAAAAAAAAAAAAAAACAACCUCUGUUGUAGGGAGUAAGCCAUGUGUGUGAGUACUUCAGAAGGUAGUGAUAGAAGCGACCUUUAAACCUGGCUAUCCUUUUAAAGCGGUUCCAUGUUGUAAAUGUGUGUGAACAUCUGGACGAGGCUGAAAAUACUGGCUACGUAAAGUGUUUUUGGAAACUUAAGGGUGAGGGUUGGGUUUCAGCUUGUUGGGUCUGAGAACGUGAACAAGGGAAGAGCUCACAAGAAAUCUGUUUAAAGAAAGGAACUGUAAAGCCCUCUGACACUUUCUCAUGUGGAGGUUAUUCAGGUUUUGUCACUGAGCUGAGCGCCGCACUUCCUGAUAAGUUGUAAAUAUUUUUGUGUUUUAGGACUUUUCUGUUGUCUUUGAUCGGGAUGUGACAGAACAGAGCUGUCUCGUUACUUUUGUGGAGGAUAUAUACUUGCAUUCAUUGAUAUAUUUUGUUGUAAAGAUAAUAAUCUUGAAGUGAGUUUCAUCAGUUCCACACUUGCACUCGCUGACAUGAACAAAAUGAUGUUUGCUAAGAUCGUGCAGCAGGUGUGUGGUUGGGGAAAGCGUUCAGAUUUGUGCGAUUGUCUCUGUGGCAUUUGUGUGAGAAGUUGUUGUUGGACUGUGUGAUGUAUUUAAUGUUCUUUAUGUCAUGAAGCUAAAGCUAGCAUCUGGAAAUGCUUACUAUUGCAAUGAUAGGUCAGGAAUAAAUCUAAAGGAAAAGAUGUAUUUUUUUAACAUUAUUUUUCUGUUAAGAGUUAACGGACUGAAGCAUCGGCUGCCCUGAAGCGAGUGUGAUGGACGGUGAGGAGACCCAGCUAUCUUAAUAUGAAUUGAAUCUGCUUUGUCUGGGUUUAAAACUCAUUUUUUACGUCUCGGUUUAUUACUUUCUUUUUCCGUGUGUGUGGCUGCUUUUUGUGAAUGAGAUCAAUGUGAAAGACUUGUGUGAUCGUGAUGAGCGUGUGAAGAUUUCUGGACUGGAUUUCAUCAAAUUAGAAGUAAACAGAGACACAAUCCGGUUGUAUUGCUCUAGAAUGCCCCCUCGUCGUUUGCUCCGAGUCUUUACAGUUUGAGUGUGUGCACCAAAGACAUUUUUUCUGUGCGUAUAUCGUGAUGCUACACUGACACAAAACGUCACACAGCAAUACUGUAAGUUCAACGCCCACAAGUGUCGGUCGAAAUGUUCAGAGUGACAAAAAUGCAUUUUUCAUGCCUUUAAGAACAAAAGUUGUAUCAUACUCCAGGUUUAAGUUAUACGUGACUGCUUAUGUGUAAGAGGUUGUUAAA